AUGACACCAAACGACUUUAGUAGAGCUUUGCGCUGUGUACGAGCGUGGAUUGACUUCUACCUCAUGGCACAGUAUACAACUCAUACAAAGGAGACUCUAAAGUAUCUGCAAAGGUAUCUCGAAAAGUUCCACAAGUAUAAAGAUAUAUUUCUCGAAUUCCAGGCCUAUAAACAAACGAGUAAGGACGCUAAGGAUCGAACAAAAGCACUGCAAGGCUCCGGAAGCCUUGAAAGAGGCCUAGAAGAGCUUCAAGAGAUUCGGGAGGAGUCCCAUUUUAAUUUCAUUAAGAUGCAUCUACUAUCACACUUUAGAGAGUAUGUGGAGGGAUUCGGAAAUAUACCCAUGCCAGUGUUUUCAAUAGAUGUUAGUGAGUUGGCUCAUCGGCAGCAAACUAAGAUCGCCUACGCUGAUUCGAAUAAGGUAAAUGCCAUGAUCCAGAUUCUUGAUUACCACUCAAAGUGUAUGGUGAUGGAGAUGAGAGUGUUGAAUUUGAAAGAUAUUGUUUUCUCCCUGAUCGAGCAUUAUGAGGGCCUGCUGAGCUAUCGACAAAGCUUGAGAAACAUAUUGAAGAUUUUCAAAAAUGAAGACCAACAAAGAGGAGGCAGUGAGUGA